AUGAUCUCACACUUGACCAGGAUAUUCGUCCUAUUGGCGUUUGCAGCCUGGGCACAUGGAUCUCAAAAACAGUCCCCAUCAGAACCUUUGCAAAGGAGGGUUCCGAAACAAAUCCACACAAAAGCCGCCGUGGUAGAAACUGAAGAGGACCACAAUCCCGCUGAGAGUCAUUUUGGUGCGGAGGCUGCUCAUCAUGGACACGGCAAAUACUUCAUGGACACGAUCAUGAUACAGUCAGGACCGAAGCAGCUAGAGUUUGGUCAUGUGUGUGAAAAUCCUCAUGAGUGGGAGCAGAGAUACGAGCGACAGGACCAGGACAAGAAGAGAUACCAGGGGAAGGCAAGAUGGGGAGACAAGCACGGAGGCUAUGGAGAACAUUACUGGGACUACAACCACGGAGGACAUCAUGGUGAUGAAGAAGCUUCAGAAGACGAAGGUGGCGAUGAAACCCAUCCAGUCCCUGACUACCAGCAACUGAGGGACGGUCAAGAUGAGAGGGUAAAGAGAGAGCAUGAGGGGCGAAGACCUAGCGACUCCUCAGAAAACUUGGAUUAUUCUCAAGAGACCUUGAACUCCCCGAGAACCUCUGGGUCCACUAUCAGUCCCUUGGACCAUCAGGGGCUCAGCCUAGCAUACGACGUGGAGAGUGGCACUGUAGUGGACGAGGCUACAGGCAGGAGGUUUAUGUUGACUCCCAUCAACUGAUACUUCAGCAUCAGUCAUCAGUCAGAAUCAUCAGGGUUAUUUGAAUCAUCAUAAUUAACAACUACCAAUAUACUAUAACUGUUACUGGCGUUACUCAGUAUUAAAACGGAAUGCAAAAAUGUCAGC